AAUAACCACCACCAGAAUCUGAUUGCUUUUACAGAAACAGACGAGUAGCGCUUUCACUUCUAGACUUCUCUCUCUCUGCGUCUCUUUCUCGCUCUGUUAGUGAUGAAGAUUCUAACGAGUUCUUGCUCCAAGAUCGUCGUCGACGGGACGAGAGACAGCGGGUUCCUGUUCUCGAGGAACCUCAACCUCAGUAGACCGGAAAUUUAUGCAGUGUUUUCGAAGAAAGCUUUCAGUAAUGUCAGGUUCUUGCAUGUGGUUUCGAUGCAACACAGGGGAAUCUGCGCGAUUUCAGCAUCAUCUUCAAUCUCGCCGGGGCCUGAGGCAGACCUGGAAACUGCCGAAGCUGAAAUCCCAGAGAAAAAUCAAUGGAAGACCAUUCAUGUCAAGUUUCAGCUUCAGAAGGAGUGUGUGUUUGGAGAUCAAAUUUUCAUUGUUGGAGAUGAACCUAUGUUCGGCUUAUGGGACCCUGAAAGUGCAAUACCACUGAACUGGUCAGAUGGACAUGUUUGGAAUGUUGAUCUGGAUGUACCCAUUGGAAAGCCCAUCCUAUACAAGUUCAUACUAAAAGGAAGCACUGGGAAUAUUUUGUGGCAGCCAGGCCCAGACAGGGUAUUCAAACCUUGGGAGACUAUGGAAACAAUAACUGUUCGUGAAGAUUGGGAAGAUGCUGACCUUCAGAAAAUAACAGAAGAAGCGGCUGCUGUUAACUCAGAACUGUUAAUUGCUGAGAAUUUUACUUAUGAAAAACAGGAACUGGUCCCCAAUUUAAACCAGGGAGGUAUUGUUGAUGACAUUUCUUCUCCGACUAGGCCGUUGACUGCCACACAUAAAGAACAAAUUGUUGGUGAUGUUGCACCUCCACAAGAGAAGUCAAUGGCUAUGGUGGCAGAUAAUAUUGAAUUCUCAAAGGGGGAUUCUCCAAUGAAUUCAUUGUAUAAAACUGUUCCUGGUGAAGAGAGAAUUAGUCCUAAAGAGGAAUUUAUGACCACUGCAAAUAAGAAUAUGGUGAUUGAAGAAGGUAUUCUUGGUAAUAAUGGCAGAUCUGCAACACUGAACAACUCUGAAAGCGAGAGAAAUCUGGUUACUCAGGAAGGAGAACCAGUUCUGGUACCUGGCUUAACCCCAUUAUCAGUGAUGUCUGCUGAACCAGAUGAAGACGAGAGAAGAAUUACCAUUGAUGGAUCUGUUGAUACUAGUGAAGUUAAGAGUCCCAACUUUCCAGAGUUUGAUGAGAAGCAUCAACCUGUUGAUGAUGAUCUGCAUCAAGAAGGAAUGACUGGAAUGUUUAGUGAGGGGGAUGGACAGCCUGAGAACGAAAAACUCCUUUCAGCGAAAGAACAGCAACCGGACACUCAGCUACAAAACCAUAAUGUGUGGCACAAUGACAUCAGCUGGGGCCGUACAGCACUACAAAAGCUUCUAACAAGUAUUGGAUUUCUGAAGUUCCAGUAGUGGGGAUACUCUGUAUUAGAUUCACUCAAGCGUGUAAUUUUUGGCUCCUCUGCUGCCUGAUUUUCUAUAUGAACUAUGAAGUGGCAAGAAGGAGUUGGGGGACAGACAUUUCUGGUAUUUGUUGUUUGUAAAAUCAGGGCAUUGUAUGUCAAAUCAAAAAAUAGUGUGUAUAUUGUUUGAGGGCAAGUUUUGCAUUACAUAUUGAUUCAGAACAUAUAUUGUUAGAUUUUGUGAAUUUUACUGACUGCCAUCCAUAUGUAUAUUGCUGGA